AUGGGACUCUACAGCAACAUGAUGGUAGCAAUACGAGCAGCAGCAGCAGAAGCCAAUCACCAGGCUCCAGCUCGGAUCUUAGCAUACGAGUUGAUUGGUGUGUGCUCCUGCUCUCCCACCUACCCCAUUCCUGACUUCCCUCCUCACCCCCUCUCUUCUCUUCCCUCCUCACUCCACCCUUUCUUCUCUUCCCUCCUCACCCCACCCUUUCUUCUCUUCCCUCCACUACCCCAUUCUCCAUUUCCCUCCUCAACACCUUCCUUUUGCACUUCCCUCCUCACCCCCUUAUCUUCCCUCCUCACUGCCUCCCUUGAGCAUCCUCAGCCCCUUAGCUUCCUGAGUAUUCAGGGUCGCCAGGUAUCAAAGGAGCAGCGAUGGUCGGAGAUUCAGAGAGCGAGGCAGCAGGGGCGGUGCUCGAACAAGGGCGGUCUGUUCAACGCGUGGCCGUGGGAGGGGGGCUUCUCUGAAGGAUUUCUAGCGUGGGAGCCGCAGCCUGACAAAUACAUUCUCAUGGACUGCCAACGGAACCAGGUGUCCAACCGCAUUCGCUGCAUCCGCAACUAUCUAAUCGUGGCGGGCGUUCUCAACCGCACGCUGGUCGCACCGCAGAUUGACGUGCCGUUUUUUCGGCGCCCGGGCUGCCCGAAUAAACUGGCGAUUCAGCCCCAUCCGGCGAUCUUCGAAGCUGCCAGCCGGUUUGUAUCGGAUGUGCUUCUAAAGGGGAUGAAUAACAGUGCAGGGAGUAGCAGGGAAGGAGAGGAGCAGGGCAACAACACAGCGGCUGAGGACACGCUACCAUCAGCCAUUGCUGGUGCCAGUGGGGGUACCACCACUACUAGUGCCAGCGGUAGCAGUGGUAAGAAUGCCGGUCAGCUUCGCUACAUGGCGAUUCACUGGCGGCGAAAAGACCUGGUUACCAGCUUUCAGGACUCAGGCUCUCAUCUCACAAUCAACCGCACCGCCAGAUGCAUCGCCGAUCGCAUGGCAAAAUCCAGCAAUCUCAGCACCAUUUUCCUAGCCACUGACGCCGAACCUACUGAGGUGGCGGAAUUGACCGGAGCGGUUUUGUCCCACCGCCCGGACCUGCGGCUGAUGCAGCUUCCGCUGAACCUGGACGCGCAGGCUUGGGCGCAGGUGCUGCUGCCGCACCGGUUUGAGCAUCCGGGGGUGGUGCGGGUGACGUUAGACAAGGCGGUGUGUGCUCUAGCAGACGUGUUUCUUGGGACGGCAGCUUCGUCGUUCACGGAGGACAUUCAGCGAAUCCGGACGGGGUUGAGAGUGGCGCAUUGUGAAGACCAGAUGUUGUGCGAAGACGAGCUAUAG